GCUUGACCAAAGAUAACUUUCUUCUCCUCUUCUACUGAAACCCUAUUCUUGAAAUUCUUGAUUCAUGGAAGUACAAACUUUGGUACAACUUUUUCUUAAUAGAGUGGAGGAAAUUCUGGAUAGAAGAUUAAAAGAAUGAGAUGAGUGGCUGGAAAAAAGAUUUGAAAAAGUGAUUCAGGAAAUGAAAAGAUUGGAUCAGAAAAUGGUAAGGUUAGAUCAUAAAAUGGAAACAGUUGAGCAGUCAAUUCAAGUGAAUGGAGAGGGUUGCAGUCUUCGUUAAUAAAGAUCAACAUUUUGAAAACCCAGUGAGGAACAAAAUACCUUAUGUGAAACUUCCAGAAAGAAAGACAAGGGCACUGAGAUGGAGCAGAAUUUUUUGCUGAUAUGCGUUGUGUAAGUGAGGUCUAUGAGGAGGAGAAUGAUGAAGAUGGUGAUGACGGGAGACUAGAAUCUGCAAUGGGGAAAGCAGAAGCUAUAAUUGAAAUUCUUGCUGUAGAAAUUAUUGGGAAUGUUCUUGAAACUGAGAAAGAUAAAGGACUUGCAAAAAAUGUUGAUACUGUAAGCAUUUGGCUGAAUUUUAGGAGACAAGAUAGUGAGUUCAGCCGUUGUAAUCCUGUAAGUCUCAUGGAAGAUGAACACAAAAUAUUGAGAAGGGAAAGGAAGAAAGUUUAGCCAUCAAAUGGAAUCGUGAUUUUGAAGGAAUAAGCAUGGGAAAUUUGGAGAAGAAAGAGUGCAUACUAUCACCUGCAACUUUUUGGCCGCGUUCUUUGGGACAUUGGUGCUGAAGCAUGUGAUGGAAGUUAACAUUUGUGAUAAUGUGAUUCCAAAUUCAGGGGAUUAACUGUGCAGCAGAAGAGCUUCCACCUCAUGCGGUCAUUGGAAUGCCUGCUUUAUCUCCUACAAUGACUCAAGGUAAUAUUGCAAAAUGGAGGAAGAAAGAAGGGGAUAAGAUAGAAGCGGGUGAUGUACUGUGUGAAAUAGAGACAGAUAAAGCUACAGUUGAGUUUGAAAGUCUUGAAGAAGGCUUUUUGGCAAAAAUCUUGGCACCUGAAGGUUCAAAGGAUGUUCCUGUAGGACAGCCCAUUGCAAUAACGGUUGAGGACGCAGAUGAUAUCCAAAAUGUGCCAGCAACUGUCAGCAGUGGAGCAGAGGUUAAAGAGGAAAAAUCAUCUGAAAGGGAUUCCCAUAGUGAAGACAAGGGAACCACCUCUGAUAAGCUGAGCACAUCUGAACUUCCUCCUCACAUUGUUAUUGGAAUGCCAGCAUUAUCACCAACAAUGAACCAAGGUAAUAUUUUCAAGUGGAGAAAAAAAGAAGGAGACAAGAUAGAAAUGGGCGAAGUCAUAUGUGAGAUAGAGACAGACAAGGCCACCCUUGAAUUUGAAAGUCUUGAAGAGGGGUAUUUAGCUAAGAUACUGGCACCUGAAGGUUCAAAGGAUGUAGCAGUGGGACAACCCAUUGCAGUCACAGUUGAAAAUUCUGAUGAUAUUGAAACUGUAAAGACUAAUUUUAGUGGUAGCAUGGAGGUGAAGGAAGAAAUAUCGCCCCGUCGUGAUUCAAAGGAUGAUGGUAGAGAAGAAAAAGCAAGUUUUACAAGGAUCAGUCCUGCUGCUAAGUUGCUGAUUUCAGAGCAUGGAUUGGAUGCAUCAUCACUAAAAGCAUCAGGUCCUCAUGGCACUCUUCUUAAGGGUGAUGUUUUGGCUGCAAUUAAAUCAGGAAAGGGAUCUUCAAGCAAACCUUCACCUAAGGGUAAAGGUGCUCCAUCUCCCCCAAAAGGCUUACAAGCUUCAACCACAGCUUUACCAGAGUCUUACCCACAGCAGUCAGAUUCUUUUGAAGAUCUUCCAAAUACUCAAAUUCGCAAGGUCAUAGCUAGAAGGUUAUUGGAAUCAAAACAGACUGCACCUCAUUUAUAUUUAUCAACAGAUGUUAUACUGGAUCCUCUUCUUGCUUUCAGAAAGGAACUCAAAGAGCAACAUGAUAUUAAAGUGUCAGUAAAUGACAUAGUCAUCAAAGCUGUUGCGGUUGCACUAAGAAAUGUACCAGAAGCUAAUGCAUACUGGAAUGUUGAGAAAGGGGAAAUCGUUUUGUGUGAUUCUGUAGACAUAUCAAUUGCAGUUGCUACUGAGAAGGGCCUAAUGACUCCUAUUGUUAGGAAUGCAGACCAGAAGUCCAUUUCGUCAAUCUCCUCAGAGGUUAAGCAACUAGCUGAGAAAGCUCGUGCAGGGAAGCUUGCUCCGAAUGAGUUUCAAGGAGGGACGUUCAGCAUUUCAAACCUGGGAAUGUAUCCAGUGGAUCAAUUUGCUGCAAUUAUAAAUCCUCCACAGGCUGGCAUCCUAGCUGUUGGUAGAGGGAAUAAAGUUGUUGAACCGGUAGUUGGAAUUGAUGGAACGGAGAGGCCUGCAGUGGUCAACAAAAUGAACUUGACAUUAUCUGCUGAUCAUCGUGUUUUCGAUGGCAAAGUUGGAGGUGCAUUUCUCUCAGCUUUGCGUUCCAACUUCAGCGAUAUCAGGAGACUUCUUCUGUAAGGCCCUCAAACUAACAAUUGGGUUUCGAGAAAUAAGACGUGACAGAGGAUGUCAUGCUAAAGCAAGGUAGGAAAUUUUCCAAGCCCUGGUGCCAAUUUGUUGAAGGAAAUAUUUUUCAGCAUUGCAAAUUGCUUGUGAUGUGCUGUUUUUACAAAAUUUUGCAUUCAUUCAACCCUUCCUUUUAGUAGUUAGAAUUGAACGCUGAUUUUCAGGUGUUGAUUCAGGCAAGAUUUUUGCCAUAUGUAUCAUGCUCUAAUUCGAGGUUUAUUUCAAUAAGAAUAAAUUACAAUGUGUGAGCAAAUUAUGGAAAAA